AUGGAUUCAUAUUUGCAGCCCAACUCCAUCGGUUGGUACCCUGGCGAUUUCGAAGCCUGUCCGGAUAGCGAGUACCUCGCCUGUGGCCAGCACAAGCGCGUCCCGAGGCUGCCCGGAAUCAAGAAACUCAAGCCCCCUCGGCCAUUGCGUAGACUUCUCCCCGGAGAGACGCCAGGUUCAUGUCUCUGCCACUACACCGAGUACCCCGAGCUUCUGAAAGAGCGCCGGGCUGAUCGAGCCAAGUCUGCUACGGACUCCCAGCAACCAUUCAGGCUGUUGGACCUUCCAGCAGAACUGCGGCUCCAGAUCUACGGGGAGAUGCUCUCGAUGCCCGGUGGUGUAGAGUUCUGUCCAGCGCCGUGGAUAUUCGAGGGAACUGCACCUGGUGGCAACAUCGGUCGCAAAGCCUUCGAUGAGAACUGGGAUCCCAUCUCCGAGCACCACUAUGAGAAGCACAAGCAGCUUUCGAUGGCAGCGAGAGUCCUACGCGCGAGCAAGCAGAUCUACAGGGAGGCCAAGCCAGUCUUCUACGGCGAGAACGAAUGGCGCUUCACCAGUACCUCGGGCUGGAUUGGCCUCGAUGCAUUUAUGUACCAGAUCGGCCUGGAGAAUUGCAAGCUGCUUCGCAAUAUUACUGUCUGCCAUCCCGGGUUCACAGUCUUGCCCUUGACUCUUGCAGGCGAAAGGCACUUCUGGUCCAGCAUCGUCGGCUUCCACUACUUGAGCUAUGCCGGCACCUUCUUGUCCAGACGUUGGUUCGAGGAACCCUUGACCGGAGAGCCUGCCGCGAUUCUACAGAAAUUCGGCAUGCUUCGAAAUCUUGAUUUUGUCAUUCCACGGAGUCUCUUUGGCGCCAAUGCACCCUUCACGGGAGACGUUGUUGACCAGAGCCGAUUUCACAAUCUCAACAUCACGCAGGUCUCGCUCAGUUCACAGAGCGCUGAGGAUGUCGAGGGACCAAGCUGGGCUUCUAUCUUUGUCGCCGCUCACAACGCGAAUAUUGGGAAAGGCGAGAGGAAGUGGGCGAUCUGCGAGUCAGAGCACGAUGCAAUGGGGGAUUACGAAAUAGACCCCAGGAUUCCGGAGGGCGAGGAGGAUGUGGAAGAAGGCAAGUGA